AUGGAUAAUGAAUACAAUCGAUACUAUAUUAGAAUUCGAACUAUUUUGGGAAUAGCUCCAAAAACAAUCCACGAGGAACUAGCAACAGCUUUAGGACCUGAUGCUCCAGCAUAUCGAACAGUUGCAGAGUGGGCCGAGUGGGGUUUCCGUGAAGGAAGAGAAGAUGUCAAUGAUGAUCCUCGAUCCGGUCGUCCGGUUUCCGAACUUACAGAUGAAAAUAUUGAACUGGUACGACAGGUUAUUAGCAAUGAUCCACAUUCAACUUAUGAUGAUAUUAUAGCUGAGACAUUUCUUUCUCACGGUACAAUCGAACGAAUUAUCCAUGAUCAUCUCAAGAUGAGAAAAGUUACAUCACGUUUGGUACCCCAUCAACUAACUGCUGAACAAAAGGAAGAACGAGUUAAAGUUUGUCGUGAAAAUUUGGCCAAAUUUCGUGCUGGUUCUUGGCGAUUAUGUGACAUUAUUACAGGCGAUGAGACGUGGAUUUACCACAGACAGAUUGGUCGCAAGUCAACAAAUGCUAGCUGGAUUGC